CAUCAUAUUGUGAGUCAUGACAGACAUUUUGACGCUAGUGUUUCGGACUUUCAUGUCACACACGGAGGUAAGGAAGGACCUCGCAGUCGCUCCUCCAGCACCGACAACCUGCGGCACGCUGCUGGUCGGAGACCCCGGGAUCAGCCGCUCUGUGCUGCUGCUGGCGGCCGUCACAGCUGCCUCGGAGAUGGGAUUGAAAGUGAUCUUCUUCACUCAAACACAAAUCCAAAGCCUUCCAGUGUGUCUGCAGAAGUGUGUUCCCAGCCUGAGCCCACAAAGUCUAAAGAAAAUCAAGUUUUCCUAUCCUAGAACAGUGGAGGAGCUGCUGCAGCAGGUGGCCAGCCUCCAUGAGUCCAGCAACACAUCUCCCAUACCUCCCUCACUGAUCAUAGUUGACAGGCUGGAGGGCUACCUGUGUGGUCCUGAAGGUGGCACCCACAGUGGAGUUCACACAGGAGAACAGUCCUGUGCCGCACACCUGUCUGCACUGCUGUGUGACAGUGCUGCCUUUCUCACACAGCUUCUGAAACAACGCUCCUCAAGCUCGGCCCCCUGCCGUCUCAUCGCCUCUUUCCAAUCGGAAGUGGACGCUGGGCACUCCAGUGGGGAGGCCUCCUGCACAGAUUCCAUCCUUGAUGUUCUUGAUCGAUAUUUCCAGGUACGCUUCACUCUGGACCGAGACAGGAGCUACGAAGCUGCAGCAGCUGGACUACAGGAGGUGUGGCACAUUUACCUUUCUGGGACAGGCAUUACAGAGGCUUGUAGUACCAAAGACUGUGAGGACAGGCAAGAUGUAGCCCAAGAGUGGCAGCUGUUAAUUUUUCCUGAUGGUUUAAUGGAGUUUAAGUUGGUUUGAAAACGUUUGUAUCAAAGACUUUAGUUUUCACCGAAGCUAGUUGCCUUAUCACUGAUGCAGCAUGAUGUCAUCUGCUGCUCACCCUUUCAGAUAUCAGUUAACAGGACAGCAGUGGUUGUAGAUGUACAUUUAUUGAGUUGAAAUUUUAAAUGGCAUAAAACUUUGUCAAACACAUGAAUGAAAUCUUACACAAUGAAAAACUGUACAUAGAAAUUGAGGAAUGGGACUACUGAGUAGUGGUUACCAACUUUUUUUGUUCAAGCCCCUUUAAAACUUGUGGUCCCCCAAAAGGUAAAAAAGAAAAAGGAUCUCUCAAUACACUGUACGUUAAAAUAAACAAAUAUUUUGCACAUAG